AUGAAUAAUAAUAAUAGCAAUAAAGAAGAAGAGAAAUAUUAUAAAGAAAAUGAAAAAGAAUUUCAAAAAGCAUUAGAAAGAGCAGUGCCUAUAGGAAAAGGAUUAAAACAUUUACUUACACACGAAAGAGAAUUAAUGGAAUCAGGAGAAUUGAAAAAUAUAACACAUAAAGGAAGUAGUAGUGUAUGGUUAGAAGCAAGUUCAUCAAUUGCACCACCAGGUAUGGUUAAUGUUUAUAGACCAAUGGGUGACAUAGAAGUUCAAUAUUUAGUGGAAAAUAAAUUACUACCAGAUACACAACCCUACCAAGCAAUUAUUGAAGGUUCAUGUGGUCGAGCAUAUGCAAAUAAAUACUUGACUGGUAAAAAAUGGACCGAUACCAAUCCAUCAACAGUUGUAGAAUUUACAUGUCCAAUUGAUUUAAUUGAAAAAAUCAAAUCAAUUCAAACUAAAAUAGAAGAUGGUGCAAUUAGUAUGGGAUUAGGUAAUAAAGCUGGAAACACUUUACACUAUUUUAACGACUCUUUAAGAGACUCUAAAUCCACUUUUAGAAUUGUUAAAGUUAAAAGACAAAUACCCCAAAAAUAA